UUAGCGAGAUCCAAAGGCGAAACUUCCUUUUUGGUUCCAGAUAAAAGUGCGAAAGGUAGGUAGUACUCGGCAAAACUGAUAAGUCUGUAGUUGUAAAAUGGGCCGCAUAGUCUACUAAGCAAUGUGAUGACAGAGCGAAAAAGCCCAAACUAGUCUAAGACCCUCUUUUGCUUUGUGUAUUCCGGAGAGAGAGAGAGGCGGCAGAGGAAUGGGUGCGUUUUGGGGAACACGGGUGAUGGAGAUUGUGAAGAAGCAUGAUUCGGGGGGUCUCAUUUGGAAGCGAAUCAAGCUUACCUCUACUCGUAAAGCCAAUGCCAAAACCCGCCUCCGUCGCGUUUGGCAGAAUGAAGCUGUUCUAAAGGCGUGCGGUGCAUCAGAUGCAUCGGGAUUUAGCAAGACAGAAUGCUGUACCAGUGCGGUUAAAAAAUGAGUAAGGCCGAAGAUAAGCCUAGUAAUUUACAAUGGUAGAUGAAGUCUCCUUCCUUCUUGACAUGGGGUUUUUAACAAAAAUAAAAUAUGAACAUUGUCUUGUUGGGUUAUUGUUUUUAUAUGUUGAAUCUGCAACGAGUUUUACAAAAGAAGAUUUUUGAAGAGUAAUGGUGCUUUCUUUUGUUAUUGUCAUUUAAGAAUUUUUUUUGUCAGCUACUCCGAUACUUGUCUUUGCAACAAGCACGCACCAACUUGGUUAAUCCUUAACCACGUUGUUUAUUUA